AUGUCACAAGAAGCUUCGAAGCCGACCUUGGAAGAUCGAUUACUGGACAGGGGCAUGAUUGUUGCCCCUGCAACAUUGUUGACUUGGUGCCCCGCAGCACCCAAUAACACUGUCGCUUUCCUCCGUAGGUCGGGUAGAUCUUGGGCAGUCUGUCUCCAUCCAUCGCCCUGGCACGCCUGGAUUCCUACCCAAGUCAACCCCACGGCGGAGAAGAUAACAACAUAA